AUGUUACUCGGUCACCUCUCUCUGCUAAGUCUCUGGACAAUCGGGACUCUCGCUCUCCCCCCCACAGCUCAACGGCUCCGUGAUGCGCACGCAGAGAUCCAAUUCUCCCCACUUACAGGACGGUCCCAGUUCACCAUCCCUACAUUCUCGAACCGCCUAUCCCAGGCGUUCCACGUCAACUCCUCCGCCCUUCCCCUCAUCACCUUCCCACUACAAGACUCGUGGGCCGGGCGACUGCCAAUCGACCCCAACCCGGGGGAGACGAAAGAUCUUUUCUUCUGGUACUGGCCCAGCUCCGCCCCCGGGGGGAGCAAGACGCUCACUAUAUGGCUCAACGGCGGUCCGGGAUGUUCGAGCCUCGAAGGGUUUUUGGAAGAAAACGGUCCGAUCCGGUUCGAGCCUGGUACGCCCAGGCCCGUGCUUAACCCCUAUGCGUGGACGAGCGUGUCGGAUAUGCUAUAUAUUGAGCAGCCUGUCGGGACGGGGUAUACGACCGGAAUGCCGAAUAUCACUAAUGAGAGCCAGUUGGCAGACCAGUUCUACGGCUUCUUGCAGCAGUUCUUCACGGUAUUCAGCGAACUGAAGACAAAACAGCUGUACAUCGCCGGCGAGUCCUAUGCAGGCAUGUACAUACCGUACAUCGCCACCCGGAUCGUGGACGCAUCCGCAGCAGAGAAAGCCUUGCUACCGCUCUCACUCCAGGGCUUGCUGAUCAACGACGGAGUCUACUCGAGCUUCAUCGUCUCCGAGGAAGCGCCCACCGCGCGCUUCGCCGCCGAGUACCAGUCCACGCUCGGCCUCAGCACCUCCCAAGUCCAACUCCUAGCCAACCUCUCCCUCGCAUGCGGCUACUCCUCCCUGCUCUCCUCAGCUACCUACCCCGCUCGAGGGCCAAUCCCCCUCCCGAACGGGAAUAAGGACAUCGUCUUCCCGGGGUGUGACGUCUUUGACAUAUUUUACAAUAUGGCAGUGGGCGCAAACCCGUGUUUUAACAUCUACCGGAUUACGGACCAGUGCCCUACACCGGCGGACCCGAUAGAAUCGUACUUCUCGCGGGAGGACGUCCAAUUACAGCUACACGUACCCCUCUCCGGAACAUGGAACGAAUGCACCCCAACCCCAGUCUUCUCUACCCCAACAGGCUCAGACGCAAGCGCCUACAGCAGCCUCCUCUUCCCACACCUGAUCUCCCUCCUCCCUCGGGGGGUGACCCUCUGGCACGGGAAGAGGGACUCGAUCCUCUUCUCCCUAGGGGAUAGGGUGAUGAUCCAGAACCUGACUUGGGGAGGUGUACAGGGUUUCCAGCAGGAGCCUAGUAGGCCUGUGGUUUGGGAGGGCAAGGUGUGGGGCGUGGGAGGGGAAGAGAGAGGUUUGAGGUAUUUGGAAGUCGAGCAUGCGGGACAUAUGAUCCCCCAGGAUCAGCCGGGGUUGGCGUUGCAUGUCUUUUCCUCCUUGUUAGGGUUGGCGACGCUUUUCUAG